AUGUACGCUAAGUUGAUCAUCGCUCUUUGCGCCAUUGGUGUCGCUCACGGCAGUGGACUUCUCGCCGCGGCCCCGGUAGCAUACAGCAGCCAUGCUGUCGCUCCUGCCGUCUCCUCCGUCUCUUACUCCACACACACGUCGCACGCUGCUCCAGCAGUAGCUGUACACGCUGCCCCAGCUGUAGCAGUCCAUGCCGCCCCAGCUGUUGCCGUAUCUCGGACUAUUGCUCCAGCAGCAACUUCUUACUCUUCAUACUCUAGCCACACUGCUCAUGCUGCUCCCGUCGCCGCUUACGCCGCUGCUCCUGCAGUAGCCGUACACGCCGCCCCCGCUGUAGCCAUCUCUCGGACUAUUGCCCCAGCAGCAACUUCAUACUCUUCUUACUCAAGCCAAACUUCCCACGGAGCACCCGCACUAGCUACCUACGCUGCUGCUCCCGCUGUAGCCACUUACACCGCUGCUGCACCCGCUGUAGCCGUACACUCCGCCCCCGCCGUCGCUGUGUCUAGGACUAUUGCUCCUGCUGCGACCUCAUACUCCUCUUACUCCAGCCAAACUUCCCACGGAGCACCCGCAGUAGCUGCCUAUGCUGCCGCUCCCGCUGUCGCCACUUAUGCUGCUGCCGCUCCCGCUGUAGCCGUACAUGCCGCCCCCGCCGUUGCUGUAUCUAGGACUAUUGCUCCUGCUGCGACUUCAUACUCCUCUUACUCCAGCCAAACUUCCCACGGAGCACCCGCAGUAGCUGCCUAUGCUGCCGCUCCAGCUGUUUCCUACGCGCGGUCAUAUGCUUCCCCUGCCAUCUCAGCCUAUGCUGCUCCCGCCAUAGCCUCUUACUCCAGGUCCUACGCCGUCCCCGCCGUAGCCUCUUACUCAAGGUCAUACGCCGUCCCCGCCGUAGCCUCUUACUCCCGGACCUAUGCUGCUCCUGCUGUAGCGUCUUACUCUCGGAUUCAAGCUGCUCCUGCUAUUGCGGCAUACGCUGCUCCUGCCUACUCCACAUACGCAGCUGCCGCCCCCGUCCUUCGUUCCGCCAUCUCUUACUCCUCAGCUCCCGCUGUAUCUCACAUCUCUUACAACGCCCACGGUGCUAAAUACGCCUGGUAA